CUGGCACGAGGACGCAAUAUGAAGAGAAACCUCGCGGUCGGAGAGUUGCACAAACUGUAACUGUAUCGACGCAUUGCAACAAGAUGACGCGCAUGGAAUCAUAUAUACGUGGAACGUUUGCGUGCGCUUUUUGUUUCCUCGGGUCUUUUUAAACGAAUUGACUCUUUUUCCUCCAUAGCACAUCCGCAGGUAAAUCUGAUACUUGGACGAUGCUGGACACAUUCACAGCGAAGCUAAGAAAGUCAUGUUACAUUGUGCGUCUUUGAAUUAGUCUUUACAAGACACGUUCUACAACCAGAGCAGGAUUAGCUUAUUUUGCGGAAGAUUUUGCUGCUGGUUGCUACCGUUGUUCAUCUCGCAAAUAAAGCAUCUAACGUCACGCGUAAAAACGCGAAGGGCUAUUUUACCGAACAUCAUUGAUUGUGAGUUUCAUUUGAUAUCCUGACCUGUAAGAGAACAUGACCGUUCCAGCGUGUUGGUUGCAAAUGUUGUCGGGUUGUUAGCGAUCUAACCAUUUGUUCACUUGUGGGGUUGAUUUCUGAUCUAAUAAUGUCAAAAUUAGGUUUAAUCUUAAUGUAAUAACGAAUGUAGCACAUCUCAUGCAGGAAGAUGUUAGACUUUAUAAAGGUUUCCUUAUUUGUUACUGUCAGAGGUCACAUUAACAGUUACAUUGAGGAAGUGGUACCGCCACAGUAUUGCAUGUUUACAUCGGACCCAAAUGUCCUCUAAAGAGGCAUUCUAGAAUAUUUAAUCUUGGUUCUCAAUUUUACGACAAUUAAUAUUAUGGUCAUCAGUGGAUUUAUCUGAUUGUAAAGUCGUUAUCACUGACUUUACUAGUCGCACUGUGAUAAGAGAUAUAGUGUCAGGAAUUAAAUACAGUUAAAAUUCAUGACGUGUACGUUGUUAACAUCAGCUAUAUAAACCAUUAAACUUUACUGCUGCUUGAACUCCUGUCUGAGGAGAUCUGGGUGAGCCUUGAAAUCUACCGACUGGCUUUUAAGAGACAUUACUCUGCGAUGCGCCUGUCUUCUUUCUUGGCUGUUUUUCGGCCUGCCCUUCCUCUCAUCCUGGGACUUUCUUUGGGCUGUAGCCUCAGUCUUCUGAUGGUGUCCUGGACACAGGGGGACGCAGAUGAGGCAUGUGGAGAUGAACUGGGCACUGGGGGACUCCUACAUAGUGGUCAUGUUAGGGAUCACCGGGAUGGCAAAGAUGGAGAUAGGAAUGAGGACUUCCAGCCACGAAUUGUACCCUAUCAUAAGGAUCCCAACAAACCACAUAAGAAAGUACUUAGGACUCGCUACAUUCACACAGAGCUGGGCAUCCGAGAGCGUCUUCUGGUUGGCAUCCUGAGCUCACGUGCCACUCUGAACACAUUGGGUGUGGCAGUCAAUAAAACCGUAGCUCAUCGGUUUCACCGCACCUUCUUCUUCACAGGCCUUCGAAGUGCAAAGGCGCCGCACGGCAUGACUGUUGUAGCUCACGGCGAUGAUCGGCCCGUCUGGCUGAUGUAUGAAACUAUACGACACCUUCACCAACACUACGGCAACGAGUACGAUUGGUUUUACCUUGCGCAAGACGACACGUACACGCAGGCUGAAAGGGUGAUGGAGCUGGUUAACCAUCUUAGUGCGGGACAGGAUGUGUAUAUGGGACGGGCUGAGGAGUUUAUUGGGGGUGAAGAACGUGCCCGAUAUUGUCAUGGCGGAUACGGGUAUCUACUGUCGCGUAGCCUGCUGGCCCGACUGCAACCUCAUCUGGACACCUGCAGAAACGACAUCCUCAGCGUCAGACCGGAUGAGUGGCUUGGUCGCUGCAUCAUUGAUUACUUGGGUCUUAGUUGUGCGGAGAAGCAUAAGGAGAUGACUUACCGUUACUUUGAGCUACAGAAGAAUGUAGACCCAGAGCGUGAAGACGGUGCCCAGUUUAAGAAUGCCUUCACUGUCCAUCCAGUCUCUGAACCUGCCCUGAUGUACCGCCUGCACAAACGCUACAACCAGAUUGAACUGGACUGGACGUAUGCACAGAUACAGCAACUUCAGGUCCAGAUCAAUAACAUAAGUGAGCUCACUCCAGAAGGAAAAUCUGGAGCCACCUGGCCCAUCGGAAUCAACCCACCCUUCCGGCCCAAGACUCGCUUUGAGGUGAUCAACUGGGAAUACUUCACUGAGGAGCACAUUUAUAAAUGUGCCGACAGUUCUCCAAAGUGUGAACUUCGAGGUGCGGACCGUGAAGAUGUUAAUUCAGUCCUGGAGACCGCAGUGAGCCGUCUGAACGAGCGCUAUCAGCCCCAGCUGCGGUUCCGUAAGCGCCGUCUAUUGAAUGGGUACAGGCGCUUCGAUCCUACACGAGGGAUGGAAUACGUGCUGGAUUUGGCCCUCGAAGCUUUUACACAAAAGGGUCAUAGUCAGGUCAUUGCCAAACGGGUAAGUCUGCUGAAGCCUCUCAGCACUGUGGAGAUCAUUCCCAUGCCAUACGUAACAGAAGCGACGCGGGUGCAGGUGAUCCUCCCUGUGACGGCGCAUGAUCAGGACUUUGUGGGGAACUUCCUUGACAUGUAUGUCAUGAAUGCUUUGGAUACCCAUGACAAUGCUCUGCUCACUUUCUUGUUUGUGUAUGACCCCUUUGAUGCCCAGCGGGUCAGCCAGACAGACGUCUUCGCCGGUGUCAAAGCCAUGAUUGGCGAGGUUGAGAAACGUUACGGCGAUGUUAAAAUUCCCUGGAUCAGCGUGAAGACCGAAGUUCCUUCACAGGUCAAACUGAUGGACAUCAUCUCCAAGAAGCAUCCAGUAGACACCCUGUUCUUCCUAGCCAGCGUUUGGACAGAGGUCAACGCUGAUUUUCUCAACCGUUGCCGUAUGAAUGCCAUCAGCAAUUGGCAGGUGUUCUUCCCAAUGCACUUCCAAGAGUACAGUCCUGCUCUAGUCAACCGAGACCAGCAGCCUUCCGCCGCGUCAUUUUUUGCUUCCGAGACACUGCGCGAUGGACACUUUGACCGUCACGUCUUUGAAGAAGCCUGCUUUUACAAUGCAGAUUACAUGGCUGCCCGCACAAAGAUGGCAGCGGACAUAUUGGACAACGAUGAGAUGCUUGAGAACAUGGAUGUAUACGAGAUAUUUGUCCGCUACUCAGGGUUGCACGUCUUUCGGGCUAUAGAGCCGGCACUAAUUCAGAAAUAUUUUCACAGGGAAUGUAACCCACGGUUUAGCGAGGAUAUCUAUCAUCGCUGUGUGCUCAGUAACCUAGAGGGGCUAGCCUCUCGAUCACACCUAGCCAUGGCUUUGUUUGAACAAGAGCAGGCUAACAGCACUUAAAAACUACUGGAAGCAUGCGUUAACUUUGCUUAAACUUCAUCAAUCUCAUUUUGGUGGCCUUAAAAAACCGGGACUAGUCAUGAACCAAAAUCUGCCUCAUGGAAAAGGACCUACUGAUGUUGACGUUGUGAAUUUCUCUGCACAGAACAGCCAAUGUUUUAGUUCAACUAGACACAGUGAAGACGUGUUACUCAAGUGUUGACUCGUAAAUUUUUACAUGGAGUAUAUGACUAAUAAACCAGCGGACUCAUUUAACCUGAAAAUGACACAUUCUAUAUAUUCUGUAUAUCUUUCUCCAAAUUUAACCUGAGGAGUUAACUUUGUUUACAUGACUGCCAAUGACUAAAUGCAGGUGAAAGGGAACUCUUCAAAUUUGUUACAAUAUAAACAUUACAGUCUUCAUGGUUAACAGAGGUUUAGUUCCAAAUCUCAGCCUCUUGAGCCAACCUUUUCCAUCAGCUGUAUGAUUGUAUGACCUUCAAAAGGAAUGUUCUGAAUAUGUCAGGACUGAAUAAAGUCAUUAUCUGUGA